GUGUGAAUACGCUCGAUAUGGAGCCAAAAACCAGAAAAAAAUUCGUUUCUUGUAGAUUAACCCCUUCACAAGACAGUGGCAGGAUUCGGUGGUGUGUUGGACAUGAAAAAAAAUGGCAAACUUGUUUGAAAAAAUUGGCGUUUCUUCCUAUCAUACUAUUACCUAUUGUAAUGAUAAUUAUUUUUGUAACUAGAUACAACAUAAUGUACAAUGAAGAUUCUGCUGUAAAGUUUGAAAAACAACUGCCUGAAAAUAAUACUUCCCUUUCGUUUGACUCAAGAGCGAGACAAAAACGAGGGAUAUCAGAGAAUGAAAGAUUUCCCUACCUUUUUAAACGUUGUUACAAACUUUACUUAAAACUUCAUUUCGAAAAGGAAUCCUUUUUCGAUACUGCGAACAACAGAGAAACAAAAAGUGAUUACAUUGACGAGUAUCCAGGAUACUUUGCCCGAAACUGGCAAACUUUUCCCUUGAAAUAUCGAGGAAAACAUCGGCUGCUGAGAAAAUGCUCGGCAAAGUUUCGGUCAAGAGGGAAAAACGUUGAUAUUUUCCGAGAAAAAAAUUACAGGAAAAGAUAUAAAAGGAACAGCGCUAAGAACGCCAAAACAAUUCAGAGUAAUCAUCGAUUUACCGAACUGGAUAAAGAUGUACGGAAUUUCUGGAUUACGAAAAACUCUCCAGACGAUAUCAAAUUGGAACAAAGCAGGAUUAUGAGGAAAUACAUGAACACAGACGUGAAUCCUUGCGAGAAUUUCUACGAGUAUGCUUGUGGAAACUGGAAAAAUUAUUACGACGUUCCCCCAGACAAAGCAGUAUAUGACACCUUUGAAAUGGUGAGGGAAAACCUUUAUAUAGUGUUAAAAGAACUCCUUGAAAGUGAUUACAGUGAAAAGCCCCAGGACGAUGAUAUUUCUGAUUACCAUGACUUGAAAGACUUUUUGAAUGAAAACUAUGAGGUGUAUGAUCCCAGCGAUGCCACUGACAAAGCCAAAAAGUUCUACAGAUCGUGUAUGAAAGAAGGAACAAUUAACAAACGAGGAGAGAAACCUUUAGGAAAGCUACUAGAAGAUUUAGGAGGCUGGCCAUUGAUCACAUCAAGCUGGAAAAAGUCGGAUUUUGAUUUCAUGUGGCUGUUAUCCAGGUUAAGGCUGCUAAACAACGACAUUUUGAUAUCCCAGUGGAUAGGGCCAGAUAUAAAGAAUUCAAACAAAUACAUCAUUCACAUCGAUCAAACUACGUUGGGAUUGCCAAACAGGGACUAUUUUUUAGAUUCACGCAAUGUGAAGUUUAUUAAAGCUUACAAAUCUUUUAUUUUAUCGAUUGCAAAUUUGUUGGGCUCUCAAACCAGCACAACUCUGGAGGACAUUGAGGAUUUGGUUCAAUUUGAGACAAGAUUAGCUUCUAUUACAUAUUCGGCUGAAGAAAGAGGAAAUAUAACGGAGGUUUAUUUAAGAACUACAGUAGAGACUCUAGCAAAUCAUUUUCCGAAUUUUGCUUGGGAAAGCUAUUUUACCGCUGUAUUAGGUAAAGAAAUCGAUUUGACUUAUCCAGUUGCAUGUUAUUGUGCGCGAUAUUUACACCAACUUCUAAAUCUUUUAAAUAAAACCAAUCCCAGGGUAAUACAAAAUUAUUUAUUAUGGCGCUUUGUGAGACAUAGAACGCAGAAUUUGGAUUACCGAUUUAUGGAAAGCGUACAGAAAUUUUACCAUGCAUUAUUUGGAAGAGAAAAACAACCUCCAAGAUGGCAAUUUUGCGUAUUGCAAACUAACACAAACAUGGGAAUGGCACUGGGAUCAUUAUUUAUCAGACAUUACUUCGAUAAAAACAGUAAAUCUGAUACCACAAAGAUCACUGAAAACCUUAUUCAGGCGUUCCUGGAUAUGUUACAGGAGAAAGAAUGGUUGGAUCGCCAGACAAAAGAUUUUGCACAAAUAAAAAUAAAUAACAUGGACUUAAAGAUUGGCUUUCCCAAUUUUUUGUUGAAUGCAACAGAACUUAAUUUAAAAUAUAGGGAUGUGAAGAUAGAGGAGAAUUUCUUUUUUGAAAAUGUUCUUAGCAUAUUGCGACAUUCCAGUCUGGAUGAACAGAAGAAAAUUGGUCUGUAUGUUAAUAAAUCAAUGUGGAACACACCACCAGCAGUAGUAAACGCAUAUUAUAGCAGAAACAAAAAUCAAAUAUUGUUUCCUGCUGGAAUUCUUCAGCCACCAUUUUAUCACAAGCACUUUCCUAAAGCCCUCAAUUAUGGUGGCAUUGGGGUGGUUAUAGGUCACGAAAUUACCCAUGGAUUUGAUGAUAAAGGGCGACUAUUUGACCAUAAAGGAAACUUGCAGUUAUGGUGGAAAAAUUCUGCCAUAGAAAAAUUUUAUGAAAAAUCAAAAUGCAUGAUAGAUCAGUAUGGAAAAUAUGUACUACCUGGAUUAAAAAUACCCGUGGAUGGAUUCAUAACCCAAGGAGAAAAUAUUGCUGAUAAUGGAGGUUUGAAACAAGCUUAUAAAGCUUAUGAAAAAUGGUUGGGCGAUAAUCCUAACGCUGACGAGUCUUUGCCAGGUUUAAAUAUGACAGGACCACAGUUAUUCUUUUUAAAUUUUGCCCAGGUAUGGUGUGGUAAACAGAGGACUGAAAUUACACAAAGUCGUUUAAAAACAUCUGUUCACUCACCAGGCAUGUUCAGAGUGAUUGGAGCCCUGAGUAACUCAGAAGAUUUUUCUAGUAUUUUUAGCUGUCCUCUUAACAGUCCAAUGAACCCUCAACACAAAUGUGUCUUAUGGUGAAGUAAAUAUCCUUUUUUUAAUAAAAG